AUGACUGAACGUGUUGAGCAAAGAUACUGCAUCAAAUUUUGUCAAAAACUUGGUGAUUCUCAAUGCGAAACAAUUCGUAAGAUUCAGCAGGUGUUUGGAGAAGAUGCGAUGGGUGUAACCCAAAUUAAGGAGUGGUUCAACCGAUUCAAAAAUGGCCGCACAUCAGCGGAGAGUGACGAGCGUUCUGGCAGGCCCCAAACUGCUCGGAGUGCAGCUGUUGUUGAGAGGGUGCGAAAUUUGGUAAUGACAGAUCGUCGUUUGACCGUGCGGGAGAUUGCCCAAGAGGUUGGAGUGAGUAAAGAUUCGGCAUAUGCAAUUUUGCGUGAUGAUUUGAACAUGCACAGAGUGGCUGCGAAAUUCGUGCCCAAGUUGCUGUCACCGGAACAAAAAGACCUCCGCCUUGAAGUUGCACAGGACCUUCUGGACACCGCCAACGCUGAUCCUGGGUUUCUGAACACCGUGAUAACUGGAGAUGAGUCAUGGGUGUACGGGUACGACCCAGAAACAAAAAGACAGUCGUCGCAAUGGAAGCAUCCCGAGUCUCCAAGACCGAAGAAAGCGCGACAGGUGUGA